UCGUUUGCACUCACUGGGAGAGAACUGCUUCCUUGUGUCUUUAAAAUAUUCCUCUAUAGGAACUGCUCCUUUAAGCAGCAGAGCCCGGUCGGCUUGUGGGAUGGUUCAGUUUCAAGCCUGAGAGAGGAAGUUGCGCAGCCCUUAUCGGGCAUUGAGAUAAAAGCUCAGAUAGUGAUUGAAAGUGAUGGCAAAAAGGAUUUAGCAUCAGUAUUAACUUCGUGCGAGAGGGAGGGAGAGAGGAAGAGAGCGCGCGAGAGCGGGGAGGGACAUUUUCCAUGAAGCUCCUGCUCCUGUAUCUGCCCUUGAGCGCACAGGGCAAAGCCGACCUGCUAAAGUAGGGAGAAGAGAGUCGGGCUGGGCAAGAGCUCCCUUCAAAAGUCAUCACUUUCACUGAUGACAUUUCUUCGUCUUUGGAACUUGCUUACUGAUAUCACUGCGGGAUCUAGGGCACCAUCACAGCGGUCCGUGGUGCCUUCGUCUCUGUCAUUAAAGAAAGUACCAAGCAGAAGAGCGAACAAAUGCCAGGAAGCGCAUCCCGUGUAAGCGACUUUCAGAAGGGAGUACAGUAGGACUGAAUUCAGAGGCGCGUCCCAGUGCUUUUGUGGUGAAAGGACUGCAGCAAGUUGAGAAUACUUUUUGAAGGGGGUUCGCGUAACAAGGGAAUACAACGCUUACUGUCACUGGCCGCACAGAAGUCUGGAAGCAGCAGAAAAACGACCAAGAGAAACGCGUUUCAACACAUGGAUCAGUGUCAUCCGUUUCUGCCAAUUCUCUAGCUUCGAUCAAGGAAGCGCUCAAGGAAGACUUCAGCAGUUCUGCCAGGUCUCAUAAAGGCACCGUCGAAUUUCAGUGCUCGUGUGCCAAGUAUCUCGCGAAAUUCCGCCUUACGGUACUUCUUGCGAUCUUUUCACGCUACAACUUGCGGUCCAACACUAGGUUUCUCAAGGCACAAAUAACAUGAGGGAACAUCCCUCACCAUAGAUUCUCAGGCAACACAGAUAAUCACAAAUAUACAAAACACAUUGUAAAAUAUUCAUUUAUUCAUUCUAAGAAACUAGUACCUUCAAAUCGUACAUAUCUGCUGUUUGCACUAAAGCCAUCUGGUAAUUGUUUUGAACCACAGACACAUCAUCUUUCCUUCAAGAACUAACCGCCGUCGUUAGUGGAGUUUGUACGGAGCCACUCAGGACGCUACUUGCUAUGAGAUCCUUUGAUAUUUCCACCUGAAUGGCCAUCGGGUUCCAUGCCGAUCUUGCCAGCGCUCGUUAAGCCGACGGUGGCACUCUCUGCCCUUCUCCGGACUCUCGGCCACGGACCGUUCACAUGGCCCCGGUGACGGCCAUGCUCCGACAGCUCGUGUUGCUGCUGCAGUGCGUUGCUUUGACUCUGAGCCAGUACGACAUAUGCAAGUCCCUGGUGAGCACGGAUGACGGCCCGAUAUGGGAAUUCUACGCCUGCCAACCCAAACCAGCAUCCAUGAAGCAGCACAUGAAAAUCAAGGUGGAACCGGAAGGCAUAACCUGUGGAAACCCGCCGGAGAGGUUCUGCACGUUGGAGAAUCCUUACCUGUGCAGCGACGAAUGUGAUGCCUCCAACCCUGACCUGGCCCACCCUCCCUCUUUCAUGAACGACACCGAGCAAGAUGGCUUGAUCACGUACUGGCAGACUGUCACGUGGAGACGCUUUCCAGACCCCUUACUGGCCAACAUCACCUUGUCCUGGGGCAAGAGCUUGGAGCUGACGGACGAUAUCUUGAUCACCUUCGAGUAUGGCCGCCCCACCAUGAUGGUGAUGGACAAGUCCAUGGACAAUGGGCGGACGUGGCAUCCCUACCAGUUCUACGCCGACGACUGCAUGGAGGCCUUCGGCAUGCCCCCCAAGAAAGUGCACGACUUGUCGGCCACCAAUGUGACCCGAGUCAUUUGCACGGAGGAGUACUCCCGCUGGGUGGGCUCCAAGAAUGAUAAGAACGUGCGCUUCGAGGUGCGAGCGCGGUUUGCCAUCUUCGCCGGGCACAAACUGCAGAACAUGAACAACCUCUACACCCGUCUGGAGAGCAUGAAGGGCCUGAGGGACUUCUUCACCAUCACCAACCUUCGGCUCAGGCUCCUGCGCCCAGCCCUGGGUGGCACCUAUGUCCAGCGAGAGAACCUCUACAAGUACUUCUACGCCAUCUCCAACGUCGAAGUCAUGGCGAGGUGUAAGUGCAACCUCCACGCCAGCCAGUGUGGGCCGUCCGAGGACGGCACCCUGCAGUGCGAGUGUGAGCACAACACCACUGGCCAGGACUGCGGACGAUGCAAGAAGAACUUCCGCGCCAAGUCAUGGAGGCCGGGCUCCUAUCUGCCCACACCCCAUGGAUCGCCCAACACCUGUGCAGCUUCUGGGUCUGCCAUGGGCAUUGAUGAGCCGGUGCAGGUUACCACGGUGACAGCCACCACAACUCCAAUUAUAACCAUUCAGCCAGACACCACAACCACCAUCAGAAUGACUGAGGCCUCUGAGCCCAAACUCAGCUCCCUGUUAAGUGAAUCUGCCACUAAGGAACCAGAGCUUGUAACGGCUUCAGACCAAGCCCCUCAAGCCUCCACUGUUCAGACAGAGAGCCCACUACCACCACCCCCUUCCCUCCGAGAGGAAACAGUACAAAUGUUAAAAGAAGAGCAAGUCAUCUCAAAAGCAAAGUAUGGGCAGAAAGAGCAUGGAAAGAGCAAGAAGACAGGGACCUCAAAGCUCUUAAAAUCUGGACGACCUCAGUCCAGCCAGUUGUCAGGCAUAGCAUAUGGAAAUUUUAAAGGUAAGCCUGUUGUUGUCUCUACCCAAUCGGCUGCUGUGAAAAUUCUUUUGAUAUUUUCUCCUGUGAUUUUGCCCCUGUUCCAGUGCGUUGUUAAAGUUAUUGCUUCUUUUAAAAGCCUAACCAAAAUUAUCUCAAAUAUUAAGAAUGAUUUGAGCUCGAAGAUAUUUUUUUGCCAAAUAAAAAUAUCCCUCAUCCUCCAUAAAACAAGCAACUUUGUACCAUGUGCUGUUUGAUUAUAGAAUCUGUUUGAAAGCCUUUCUAGGCCCUGCAAUAAUUUGUGAAACAACUCCCUGUUCCCACAACAAUCUGGAGUGUAAUUGGACAUUUAUAUUUAAUUAGUAGUCCUUGCCCUCAUUUCCCACAGAUAUGAUGGGCAAAUUUCUCUAAAGAAGUUUUUAUACAGUUGUCUUUAAAACAUCCCAUAAAUGUUUAAACAUAAGGACAAAAAGGGUAAAGGAUUAUGUAACUCCUGCUUAAACAUAGCAAUCCUGUACUAAACAGGUCUAAAUAUAUCCUUAAACAGAUACUAUGCAUAAACAUGUUUCAUAAAUGAAUUUAUAAAAGAAUGUUCAGUGGCUUUCAGUAUCAAUGAAGAAGAAUUCUUCUAAAGCUUUAUAAAACCUUAAUUAGGUCUUAUAAAUCUUAACAAUAAAGGUGAGUUAUGCUUUGUGUGAUAAGCAACACAGUAAUUUUGGUUUUGUAUUAAUUGGCCUUCUCUUUAGAUAAUGUGGUCGUAUUAACUAUGGUCACAGGUAUUUUAAAAGAAUUAUCAAUUCCUAGAGAGUUACUCCACCACUAUUGUCCGGUAAUAUAAUGUUUGGUUCACUUUGUUGAGGCUGGUUAUUCUUCAUUGUGCUUAUUAUUUCUUUUAGAGAAUGACGUGGGUAUAAUUGAAGAUCAAGGGCUGUGCUGAAUCCAAGAUCUACAUUUUAAGAUCCUUUCAGUAUACUGUAGUUAUUGAAGUCAUUGUUUCCUGUGCAACCAAAUCAGAAUUAACGGGCUCCAAACAAACAUUACUGAUCACACCUUGAAAUUGCAAUAUUCAAGUACAACUGCAACCAUAAUCAUUCACUUUAGCCAUAAUAGUGUUUAAACAUGUAUUCCAAGGUCUAGUCUGUUCAAAUAAAGGUUUAAAAAUGCAUCAUAAUUAAGAGUAUUUAACUUUACUCCACAUUUAGACACUCAUGUUCCACAAUGCACAGAAGAAAGCCUUUUUUCAAUAAUUCUUUGCACUGCACAUUGGAGGUCCGUAAUAUACCUCAAGUCUGUACAUUAAUGCAUUGUGCAUGCAGCAAAUUUGGCUGGCUUCGCAAAUUAGCUGCUCAAAGUCAUAGCUAUUGUUUUUACUUGAUAAGCAUGUUUUUAUGGAAGAGUUUAAAAGACUCUUCUGUAAAAACAUGUUUCUUCAGAUCAUCUCACACGCAUCAGAGACAAAGAACGGAACAAGACAAAACAGAGAAUCAUCUAUACAAAUCACGCAUUCACUGUAGAGUAUAAUUCUCUGCAGGCGAAGUUUUAGAAGAGAGCUGAUGAUUUUUUAUAAAGUUAUAUACAUUCUAACUUCACAUAACUAGUACAGGAGCUGUUGUGGACAAAUCUGCUGCUCAUACAAAACAUCACAGAGAAUUUUUGAAUACUGUCAACAAGGAGGAAAGAAGCAUUUGGAAAAACACUUCAUUAAUAAUUAGUUACACGAAUUUGACUUGAUGCGCUCAGUGGUGGAGUAAACAAGAUGUGUUUUUUGUUUUGAAGCACACACUUCCAUGACAGACUUCCAGCCCAAAUCAUUCGAAUGAG